AUGAAGAGGCAAAACGUGAGGACACUCGCCCUGAUAAUCUGCACGAUAGUCUAUUUGCUUUUUGGGGCUGCGAUCUUCGAUGCACUGGAAUCUAAACUGGAAACCACGCAGAGAAAGAAGAUGCAGAAGAGGAAACUGGAGUUGAUGACGAAGUAUAAUUUAACUGAAAUUCAUUUUGACGAGCUUGAAUGGGUCCUUUUACAGCUGGAGCCUCAUAAAGCGGGCCUCCAGUGGAAAUUCGCGGGAUCAUUUUAUUUUGCGAUCACAGUGAUCACAACAAUAGGUUAUGGACACGCGGCUCCCAGCACAGAUGGAGGAAAGGUGUUCUGCAUGUUCUAUGCCGUGCUGGGGAUCCCACUCACUCUGGUCAUGUUCCAGAGUCUGGGUGAGCGCAUCAACACGUUCGUCAGGUACUUGCUCUGCCGAAUCAAGAAGCUCCUCAGAAUGCAUAAGACCGAGGUCUCCAUGGCCAACAUGGUUACCAUUGGCUUCCUUUCCUGCGUCAGCAUCCUGGGUAUCGGUGCAGCGGCUUUCUCUCACUAUGAAGACUGGAGCUUCUUUCAGGCAUAUUACUAUUGUUUUAUUACUCUUACCACAAUAGGCUUCGGGGACUACGUGGCUCUGCAGAAAGACCACGCACUGCAGAACAACCCUAAAUAUGUGGCCUUCAGCUUCUUCUACAUCCUGAUAGGCUUGACGGUCAUCGGAGCAUUCCUCAACCUCGUGGUGCUACGCUUCAUGACUCUGAACACUGAGGAUGAGAGACAGGAUGCUGAGUGCCAGGCUUUGCUGUCUCAGAACAUGCAGGGACACAAAACUUGUGCUAGGGUCAACAGCACCACCUCUGACCUGGAGGGCUCAGUGCGGAGAGGUCUGUUCUGCGUCUAUCCCGAGAUGCUUCACUUUCAGUCCAUGUGCACAUGCCUUUGUUACAAGGGUCGGGAGAAGGUGCCCUACACCAUCCCCAUGAUCUUCCCCCGGGACUGGACAUCCUCGAACGUCGCUGCGGAACAGGAAGAGGACUUGGUAGAGCACGUCCCAAAUUCUUGCGCUAAUAUGUACGUGUGCAGUUGCAAUGUGCGACACCGGUCUGUGAUUAGCGGUACCCCUGCUGUCUCAUAUCAUCAUGCAGAAAACGGGGUGCUUUUGAAAAGGCGCAGGUCAAUUUAG